GAAGAUAUUUUUAUCGCAUUUCUGAAAGGAGGAUCGGAUUUCUAAGAAUAGGGACUUUCGUUCCUUUGGGUUUGGGUGGGCUUCCAUUUAUUCUAAACUCCAAUAUUGUCUUUAUAUUUUUGUUCGAGCUGCCAAGUCGGAGGCUUAGCUCCGAUUAAAGCUCGACUUAAAAGCCAGGCUCCCCUCGUCUGAGUACUCGUACAUACGUUCAGACUUUGUACUUUCCAUACAGUUGACACCAUGUUCGGCGGAAAAACCCCUGUGCAUCUCCACGUUCCCGAUACUCACGCAAUAGGAGACCGUCCUCUCGUUGGUGCCGUUACCAUCGACGUAUCGAGUCCAUUGGAAAUCAAAGGCGUUCAAGUCAGCUUCUACGGGGAAGCGGAAAUAGAGUAUGAGUACACCAAGAUGGAGGAAAACUCGGAGGGACAGAAAGUCAGCAAGAAACACGAGUUCAAGAAGGAGAAAAAGUUUGAUAAAACGAAGGUUCAGGUUACUGGCCCUCAGAAAUUGAACCCUGGCAACUAUACCUUCCCCUUUGAGCUCAACCUUCCUACCCACCUGCAGCCCUCGUUCAAAUAUAAGAAAGAUAAAAUGGAGGUGGAAAUCAAAUAUCGCCUCCAUGCAAAAGUGCUAAAAGGAGCAUUGAAGUCAGACAGCAAGUCAGAAAAAGCUCCUCUGAAGAUUCUCCCAGCUGUCCCUGCCCCGUCUCCCAAAGAAAAGAGCGACACGAACAAGUUCAUGUUUGGAAAGGGAACCAGCACAGUGAGCGUGAAGCUGCCGGACACAACCUUCACUCUUGGUCAAUCUAUCGUGUUCAAUGUCGAAUGUAAUAACGACUCUAAGAAGAACAACAAGGGGAUCAAGGGCAAGCUUGAGCAGAAAAUUAAGCUUAAGAGUGGCGAAGCCGAGGUUCCAGACUACCACCAUGAGAAGACCGUUGCCGAGUCCAAAGCAGAAGGUGCUGGCGAGAACCGCACGACGGUUGUUCGCGAAUUGAAGCUUGAAACCAGCAACCUCCCACCCACAGUUCACCAUCCUUUCAUCGAGAUCGAAUACAAGCUUCACGCAUCAGCUGACUACAGCUUUGCAAAAGAUCCUGCUGUGAAGGUUGACGUGGUUAUUAUCCCUCGUCAAGCGCAGCAAUCUCAUCCAGGUGCCAGCACCGGCCAGAACUACACAUGGAACACUGCUCAAUCUCCCGCCCAACCCAUGCCCAUGCCAAUGGCAAUACCAGUGGAGAUGCCAACGCCGAUGCCGAUGCCCAUGGCGGAACAACCGGUUCACGUUAGUGCGUAAGUAGAUACCUUAUUAUAUACUCCGCUUAAAAAUGUGCUAGUUAGAAUCAAGCAGAAUCGAAAUAUUAGACAUCUUAUUCGUCAGACUUGCAGUAGAGUAUACAUUGAUAUAAGAACAAAUUAUACAAUGGAACCAUACGUAUGUGUAGAUACAACUUGCAG